AUGAUAUUGGCGUCAAUGGAGGCCACAAAUUCCACCAGCAGCAGCAGCAUCAUGUGGUUCUUCAGGGAGAAAGGUUUUGAUGAACCGAGCAUAGACAAGAUGUUGAAGAAAUGCAAACAGUUGGAGAAGGCGCAAGGCGACGUGGCGUCCGAAAACUGGGACUACCUGAGAAACAUUGUUGGCAUCCAAGAGAGAAAGCUCCCUUACAUCGUCUCUAAAUGCCCCAAGAUCCUCACUUUACGUCUCGACGAGAGGCUCGUCCCCAUGGUCGAGUGUCUCUCCACGCUGGGAAGAACGCCACGGGAAGUCGCUUCCGCCAUAACCAAGUUUCCUCCCAUACUCUCUCACAGCGUGCAGGAGAAACUCUGCCCCCUUCUCGCUUUCUUUCAAGCGUUGGGUGUCCCCGAGGCCCAGCUUGGCAAGAUGCUGCUUUUCAACCCGAGGCUCAUCAGCUACAGCAUCGACAACAAGCUCGCCUUGAUCGUCAGCUUUCUCGCUAGCCUCGGCCUCGACCAAGAUGGGUCGAUCGGGAAAGUUCUGGUGAAGCACCCGUUUCUUAUGGGGUAUAGUGUUGACAAGAGGCUUCGGCCGACCACUGAGUUCUUGAAAUCAUCGGUUGGUCUGACACAGGAUGGGAUUCAGUCAGUGGUCUUGAAUUUUCCGCAGGUUGUGUGCAGAGACGUGGAGAAGAUCCUGAAACCAAAUUACGAUUACUUGAAGGAGUGUGGGUUUGUGGAUGAGCAGAUAGCAGCAAUGGUGACUGGUUAUCCCCCGGUUUUGAUAAAGAGUGUUAAGAACUCACUGCAGCCUAGGAUUAGAUUCCUUGUGGAAGUGAUGGGGAGAGGCAUCGAUGAGGUGGCUGCUUAUCCUGACUUCUUUCAGCAUGGGUUGAAGAAGAAGGUGGAGUCACGGUACAGACUUGUCAAGAAGAACAACAUUGAGUGUAGCCUUAGAGAUAUGCUGGACUGUAACUCCAAGAAGUUCCAUGAAAAGUUUGGCGUUUCCUAUGCAAGCUUCUAGCUUUACAUCUCUUCUUGUUUUUUUGUUUGGUUCAUCAGUUUGUGUUUCUCUCUGUAAGCUAUAAUUUCUGUGGCACGAGCUUUCCUUGUGAUUAUAUCCAUGGGAGGAGUUUAUCCAUAAAUCAUCGAUUCCAUACUCUGUUUUUUGCAUUUGUCUAUCGUCGAUUCCACACUUGUUAUUGAGACUAGCACUUAUCAUCAGG